AUGGAUUUCGUCAAGAACCUCGCUGGUGGCAACAACAACGCCAACAACAACACCGAAGGCCAGCAAGCUCCUCCCGAGGCCGGCGGUAGCUUCAUGGACAAGGUUAACGGAAUGGCUGGCGGUGGCGCGCAGGGCGAGAAGGACGAGGAUGGUCUUGACAAGGCCGUCGACUUUGUGCAGGAAAAGUUCCUCGGCGGAGGUGACCAGAGCAACGAGAGCGCCGCUGAACAGGCCAAGGACGAGGCUAUUUCCGAUGCCAUUCGCGACCAGUACAAGAGCGCCACAGGCAGCGAAUUCCCCAUCUCCGACAAGGACAAGAAAUAUGGAGCUUAA